UCGUUAAAGGAAUCCGGUAUGUUUGAAGAAAUCGCAAAUCACUUUUCCAAUAUUAGCGUGAUAAAUUCUGAAAAUAAUACGUGCAGGAAAAUUCCAUUUUCUGACGAUUGGCGCACUGCGUUUGACACAGCGACUUCUAUUGGAGUAACAUUAGCCUUAAUAAGUCUGGCCGGAAAUAUAUCAACUAUAGUCCAAAUCCGGAUGAAUAAACUAUUACACUCACCCACCUAUACAGCCAUUUUGUGUUUGGCGAUAUCCGACAGUAUCGCUGUGGUUUUCAGAUUUAUAAAAUUCCGUGCUAAUUAUCUCUACGCACUCAUCUUUAUGUGUAUAGAUGAAAACACCAAAGUGUACGACGCCUUUGCUGGGGUGUUUGCAUUUGCGACAUUAAAUGCCUCUUACUUCCAUUUAGUGAUGCUUAAAGCUUUGCGUUACUACAUCGUUGCUCACCCUCUUAAAAGCCACAGUGUUUUGACUUCCAAGAGAAUUGUCGGAUGUUCUAUAAUUUGUUGGACCACUAGCGCCGUUAUUGGAGCAAUCUACGGACUAAAAGCCGCCAUGAGUGUCGGGAUGCUCUGGAAAGGCAUGUCCAGUAGGACGUCCAUAAGUAUAGAAUUUGCUUGUGUGUUUUAUUUUCUUGCUAUUACUUUGAUUCCUUUUUUGACUUUACAUGUGAUGAAAAUUCGGAAAAUGCACACAUACAUGACCGUGCGACAUCGUCAGGAAAGAAUGAUGCACACGAUGAUGGUCGCCAUUUGUGUUACGACAGUCGCCUGUCUGAUUGUCGUUCUCGCCUUCUGUUUUCACUUCUUUAUUGACGGAAAUGAGCCAUUUUACCUCUCCAAUGUCGCUCAGAUUUUGUUUUUUGUUAAUCACGCAUCUCAUCCCAUCUUCUAUUUCUUAUUUUCUGAAGUGUCAAGAAACAGUUGUUGUCGUAAAAGAGGAAGUUCGCCGUUUUACAGCACUACAAACAGUCGUUUACGCAAGACGCGACUUCGAACAUUCCACAAGGAAGAGUCUGUGUUGAAUGAAAAGAUUUAAAACAAUUUUUAUCACUGAUUGAUUAAAAUUAAUUUAUAUGAAAGUUAAU